AUGGGUGUGUUCUUGGGCCAUCAUAGAAAUAUAGAUAGGGUCGACGACGGAAUGAAGAACGAAACUUUACGACAACUUUUUCAUUGAUGUUCACUUGCAUCACAUACAAAAGUGUUCUCUGAACAAUGCAAUAAGUGUAAGGUAAGAACUAGUAUGGAAAGUUGGUCGCCUUUGGAAGCCUUCGCCGGAAUCCUAAGUGGCACUUUCGUGGACGCAAACCGUAGGAAGAACAAAAGAAAGGGUGGAUGCUUGUGGGCCGCGGCCAUCCAUCCUCGAAUAGGUGGGCUAACGCUCUGGAUCCUCCUUACUUGCAUAAAUGAAUGGAUCAGAAAGGGGCUUGGCUCUCUAUCCGGGAAAGGGGUGAAGGCCAUAAGAGAAGAUUGCCCUACAGGUAAGGAAGAGGGGAAAAAGGUGUUGUCUCAAAGUAGAAUAGGAAGGGUGGGCAGCAGGUACCACGAGCUCUCUGGCCUACACAUCUAUCCAGAAGCAAGUGUAGUUCACCGGUUCCACCGAAUUGUGCUAUCUCUCGGCAAAGAUCAUGUGAGUGUGUAGUUAUGCUUCGAAUGCUUCACAAUAAUAGAUCGAUCCAUUUCCUAUUCUUUUUCAGUACACAUGCUUUAUAUCUCCGACACACAAGGAAGGACGUGGUGGGAAGGAAGGAGCCCUAGCCUCUGUCUGGCCGAUCAUUUCACUGGAAUCUCACAUUCACGACCGCGUUUGACUGCCGCUCGGGGAUGUAGUCUUAGUGGGUCAUUGGAUCCAUCUGUUAUCUCCUUUUAUGACAUGUUGUUGUAGUAGCCAUAUUCCAUUUGUCACUUAGUCAUCUCUGCCUCGAUGCGGGUCAGCACCUCCGAAAAAAACAGAGGACUUCAUUCAGUGACCCCGUUAUCGCCCUCUGAACGAUCAGAAUAAGGUAAAGCUUAAAGAUAAGUUUUGUACUCAAUUAAUUUCUCAGUC